CGUUUAUAAUAAGUUGCUUUCAAAUGAAAGACCGUAAAUAUUAUCGCCUCUGCAAUAGCCAAUAAUCUAAUCGAUUGACGAUUCACUAUUAAUAUUUUUAUAUACUCAGUUUAUCACUCGUCUGCCGUCUGGUCAGUAUUUUGUGACUGUUUGGCGUUUAGUGUAAACUAUUAGGUAAUAUUUAUAUUUAAUAUUAUAGUGCUGUUAAAUUAUAAUACGAAAUAUUGUUAAAAUUUAUCAUUUAUUGUAUUCUUCACAAUAUUGGGCAUUUCAUAAAUUUUUGCUAAAAAAUGUCAAGUCAACGAAGUGACUGUGAAAAUAGAAAACGCAAAGCUCAUAAAGAAGCCAAACUAGUAAAAAUUAAAAGCCAAUGUUCAAUAAAAAACUAUUUUUCGUUAAAUAUAUUACAUUUUCAAGACUCUAGUUCAGCAAAUACAACAGGUUCUAUAUCUGAUGAAUCAAAGAAAAGUGAAUACAAAAAUGUACAUAAUGAUGAUUCUAGUCCAGCAAAUAUAAUAAUUUCUUUAUCUGAUGAAUCAAAGAAAAGUGAAUACAAAAAUGUACAUAUUGAUGAUGUUAAUAUGGUAAAUGUAUAUGAUCCUGUUACUCCAUUACCAAAAGAUCGCUUAGAGUUUCAAAAUCGAAUUUUGAAAGGACGAUACAAGCCUAUAUUAGAUCUUUAUCCACGGUCAACUCAAAACUCUAAAAGAAGGUCAUUUCAGAAGAAUUGGUACGAUAUUUUUGAUUGGUUGGAGUAUAGUGAUGCUUCUGACACAGCAUUUUGUUUUCCAUGUCGUUGCUUUAAAGGUAAUGAAAUAAAUAGUUGCUACAGUGAUACAACAUUUAGUAAAAAAGGUUUUAAAUCUUGGUAUCGAGCUAUUGAUGCAUUUAAAAAACACCAAUUGUCUAAAUGUCACUUAAACAGUGUAAAAGCAUUAAAUGAUUUUAUUCAUUUAAAAUCAAUUGAUUGUGUACUUGAUAAGAAUCGUCUCAAAGAAAUAAGUAGAAAAGAAAAAGAUCGUUUAAAAAACAGAGAAUUUAUGAAACGUGUCAUAGAUAUUAUUAUUUGUUUAGGAAAGAGUGGUAGACCAUUUCGUGGUCAUGAUGAAAAAUCUGAUAGUUGUAAUCAAGGACUUUUUAAGGAAUUAGUAAUAUUACUGACAAAAUACGAUAUUGUUCUUCAAAACCAUUUUCAAGAUGUUCAAAAAAAUGCUUUGUACACAAGCAAUCGAAUACAAAAUGAUUUAAUAACAUCAAUUAAAAAUGUUAUUUUACAAAAUAUAAAAAACAGUUUAAAAAAUUCAUUUAUAUCAAUACUAGCUGAUGAGACGACAGAUGUUGGACAUUCUGAACAAUUGUCAAUUGUUUUUAGAUACUUUGAUGAUGAAAAAAAUAGACCAGUGGAAACUUACAUUGCAUUGAAACAAAUGAAAUCUGUUACAGCUCAGGCUAUUUUUGAUGUUCUUCAUGAAGUACUUAUACUUAUGGGAAAAGAUUGGCAUUCAGUUUUAUCAGUAUGUUUUGAUGGUGCUUCUGCUAUGGCUGGUAAAAUAGGAGGUGUGCAAACAAAAUGUAAAGAAAAAAAUUCAAGUAUUAAAUAUGUUCACUGUUAUGCACAUUGUCUAAACUUAGCACUUGUUGAUUCAGUAUGUGAUAAAUCAAAAAAUUUCAAAAGAAACAGAUUGGUAUUCAAUUUUUUUGGAACCAUACAGUUUAUUUAUAAUUUCAUUGAAAGUAGUGCAAUGAGGCAUGCAAUUUUGGAAAAAAUAUCUAAAGAUGUAGGAAUUAAGUUAAUUACAUUAAAGUCAUGUUCUAUUACUCACUGGGCGUGUCGAGCAGAAGCAGUCAAAUCAGUACUGAAUAAUUAUGAAGUUUUGCUUUUAGCCAUAGAAGAUAUCUGUGAAAGUAGUAGUGUUCCAGAAAUGUGUGCUAAAGGCAUGGGAUUAAAAUACCAAUUAAAAAAUUUUGACUUUAUUUUUGGGCUGUAUUUAUUGAAUCCCAUAUUAAAUUUAAUAUUAAAAACAAGUUCUAUAUUACAGUCACCAAACAUGGAUCUUGUAUUAGCAAUAAAUAGUGUACAGUCUUUAGUUCAAAAUUUGGAAGCUAUGAGGAAUAAUGAUGAAGACUUCAAAAAUAUUUAUCAACAAUCAGUUGAACUAUGUAAUAAAAAUGGUGUACAAGUACCAGAAGUAGUUAAUAGAAAAGUGUCAACUCGUAUAGACAAAAUGUCAAAUUCUCAAUUUUUUUUUAAAACAAAAUAUGAUGAACUUAAAAUAACUGUGUACAACCACUUGUUAGAUGAACUCAUUUCUGGUAUCAACACAAGAUUUAAUCAAGAAACUGUAGAAUUAGUUCAAUCUGUAGCAGGAAUGAUUCGUCUAGAGUCUACACCUGAGAUGAUUUCAAUUUUAUCAAAAUUUGCUAAUGUCCCCGAAGAGAUAUUAGUAUCUGAGAUAAAGCUUUUAAAAUAUUUACCCGUUACCGAUGGUAAACCGAAUACUCUGAAUAGUAACACUAAUAAUGAAUCAAUACAUGAAUGACUAGAUUAUAUGAAAGCAAAUAAUUACAUUAAAUCAUUUAAUGGAUUUUUUACUGUACUGAAAUUAUUCAGUGUAAUACCAGUUACAAGUUGUUCUUGUGAACGGGUAUUUUCUAAAUUAACAAUAGUAAAAAAUAAGUUAAGGAGUACUAUACAUCAAGACCGACUUAAUAGUUUAUUAUUAAUGUUUAUUGAACAAAAACUAACAUCUAGUAUUGAUAUGGUCAUUGAUGAAUUCAAAAGUAUGGG